UCAGUAUUGUGGUUUUGUUUAAUAAUUGGCGCUAGAAUUUCACCACAAAACACAUCAUCUAUUCAUCUCCCUCGCUCGUCCUCAGCUAAGCACGCUAGAUGUAACGAUAAAUAUACAGAUGAUAAGACAUCGGAAAGAUCACUUCUUGCAGUACGCAUACGUACGAGUGAGGUGAAUAAUACGCCCUCAUUUGACAGCUCUUUUCAAUCAGCUGUUUUUUGUUUGACAAACUUACCGUUGCUAUAUAUUUGUAACUAACAGUGUAUAUUGCUUCCUUGUGUUAACCUAUACAUGAUAAAAAAAAAUAAAAAAAUAAAAAUAAUAGUGGGGAAUGGCAGCGAGAAAUGCCAAAGCGACGAUUAUUGUGCGAUGGUGUUGAGAAAAUAUAUCCACUUAGAACAAGCGCGAAUUCUUGUCGGUUUUGUCUUUCUAAGUAAUUAUUUAUAUUUUGUGAUAAACGAAAAUAAACGUCAAGAAAUUAAGUGUGAAGCUCAAUCUGUGAAAUUUCUAUUGCGAAACAUAGUUGAGUAGGUAGAAAGAUGUUUGAUCAGCUAAAUUAAAGUCAGCAGAUAUUUGCGUAUACCAUUUUGGAUUGCUUUUUACGCUGAGCUUUGUAUAUUGGCGGAAUUAAAAAAAAAUCAGUGUGAAAUUAAAUAAAAGUUUAAAGAAAAUCUAAUAAGAAGAUAGUGUGUUAUUAUUGGGCUUGCGUACGAGCGCCCACCUACAAAGUAUCUACUUUGCGUGUGUGUGUGUGUGUGUGGUAGCGUUGCUGCGUCUGCGUUUGCAAGUGUUGCAACAGGAGAUUAUGUCUGUACUUGCAGAUCACAAAUCGGUAACGCGCUCAAAAUCAUUUGUUUACAAGACCCUUUCAGUUAUAGAAACUCUUGGCGUAAAUUGUGUGCACGUACAAGCCAAGCAUUUCAUUCAUUGAUAAUAUAUAUAAAUGUAUGUAUGUGUAUAUGUAUAUUGUAGUAAUUUUGUUUAUAUUUUGAUGACGUUGUGCUUACCGUAGCGCCGGCCGUUUAUAUAAAUACAUAUGUACAUAUGUAAGCGUGUGUGUUUUUGUGUUUUCUACGUGCGCGCUAUUAUCAGCUGCUAUUUUAACGUGAAUUCGUUUUACAAAAUUUGCUUAUUCGAUGUUUUCAACAACAAAUACCAAAAUUAAGCUGCCCAGUGACUCUGCUGUGCCCAGUUUGCGUUGCCUUUUAAAUGGUUCUUUUCGUGAUUUGAAUUUCGUCAACACAGAUCAUCGUAUAACACCCGUGCACGACGUUGUCUUCCUCGAUGAGGUUGAUCCUACAAUAAAACCGUUGAAUUAUCGUCCAAUAAUAACGUCUUCGUUGACGGUCACCUCUGAGCGGAUACAUAAAUUCAAUGGCACAAAUGGCCUGGAUACGACCAGUAAUGGGCAGUUAAUGAAAGGCCUUCGGGUGUAUUUCUGGCAUAAAAUAAAAGCUCUAUAAAAAUCCAUCAGCCAUGCGUAUACGGCAUAGAAUAGUACUGUAUGUCCCUCCAUUUCCUGGAAAACAUCAUGAUGCAUACCACAAAUUGGAGCAGGAGCUUGGCCGAAAAUCGCUUCAGCGAUAUAUGUAUGUAAGUAGCCCAGGUGAAUGCCUUGAGUAACACUAAAUGUUACUGAUAUUUCAUGAGACGGGUAAUAUUUAAUAAUUACUCUUUUUUUUUGCUACCAUACAAGUACUAUGAAAUCCCCUUGAGAG